CCCGCGCGCGGCCUCAUGUCCCCUCACCCAAUCACUCUCGUCUCCCUUUGGCUUCAGCCUUCAAAAAACCCUAGCCUCCACAGGACCACUCUCGUCUCUCUCUCCCUGCGAGUCUCGAUCUCACCCUGCGAUAGUCCCCCCUGACUCUCGUCUCUCUCUCUCUCGCCGAGUCGCCGCGCGACCUCACACUGACCCAGUAACUACCCCCGUAGGCCGCGGUCGACACGAUUGUUGCCAAAUCCUGCUUCGAGCAUCAAUCUUAAACUCAAACUUCGGUGAAUUUGAUUUUGAUUUCUCCUCGGUUUUAAUUAACACAUUGACAAGAUGCCCCGAAGACCAACAUGGCAUUGCCGCUCGUUGAAUCCUCAGCCUCUGACCUUCUCCUCUUUUUCACGUUCUGUUGCUCAAGUAGCCUCAUCUUUCAAGGCCAAGCGUCGAAUGCAACACUCCAAACAACACAGAGAAUCUCCCCCAAAAUCUGCAGUUAAUGGGUUUUCAAAUAAUACUUUGGAAGAGAGGAGAGAACAGUCUGUGUCUUCUGAUGAAGAGUUUGAAGGUGUGGUUCAAGCAGAUUUUGCAUUCUUUGAUCCCAAAGCCAACGACUUUCAUGGAGUGAAGACCUUGCUACAAACCUACCUUGAUGAUAAGCAGUGGGAUUUGAGUGGUUUUGUUGACUUAAUAUUGGGCCAGACCACGGUGGGGACUGUAGUUAAAAUAGAGGAUGACGAAGAUGAAGGAGUUUUUUCUCUCGUGACUGCACUAAACAUGCAAAGAUACAAGGACCAUAAAUGUAUCAUGGAACUCAAGGAGUUCCUCCUUAAAGCAUGCCAGGAGAAGGAUGUACAAGAUAACUUGAUAUCACUAUUGGGAGAGCAAGCAAAGUAUGUGGGUCUCAUGGUCUCUCAGCGCGUGGUGAAUCUUCCUCCCCAGCUAUUGCCACCUCUUUAUGAUGCCCUCUUUGAUGAAGUCUCGUGGGCUACGGAAGAUGAGCCCACGAAAGAGCUCAAGAAUUCCUUCAGCUUUAAGUUUUAUAUACUUGUCAGUAAAAUUUAUAAGAACAAGAAUGCAAAUAAGAAAAAGAAGCUGAGCAGUGACAGUGAUGAGGCAAUAAUAUAUACAAAGCCAGAAGAUGAAAUUUUCCACAGGCUUAGCUUGUGGUCCUUCUGCUUUCCUUUGCAGACUCAGCAGCCUGCAACUCUUGAGUGUCAAAGCCGCUUGCCCAAUAGUGCACAACUAAACAAGAGCAGGUUCCAAGCCUUUAAAGCACCCUCGGUGAUCAAAGUACAUACUUUGGCUGAGCUGGCCAGCUCAGAAAUUAUCGAUUUAUGGGAUUAGUCAUGGCUAUUGAAGCUGACAAAAUUUCUACAUUUCGCCAAGAGUUGAAAUCUUUAAUAAAUGAAUCUUGAGGCCAGCAAAAUAUGUACAAUAUUUCUUUUAGUUUAAAAGCUUUCAUUUACCUCUUCCCAUUUUUCUUGUAGCAUGGGGGGAUUUUGUUCCAGUAUUUUCACCCAAUUUUGUAGUCACGGCAAGCAGACCUGAUUUACAACACAUUGUGAGAACUAAGAAUUCUUUUCAAGAUCCCCUUGGCUUUUGAACUUCAA